AUGCUGCCGUUAUACGAAGCAAAGGGGACCAAUGAAACGAUGGUGGUUACGGAAUCAGAUACGAAUUCUGGCGCCAUACAUGCUCUGAAAGAUACAAAUGGGGAUCCCACGGCCUCGAAGCAUGAAAAUGCUGAUGGGAUGCCCUCUCAUGCCAUCAGCGAGGACCAAUCUGCCAAUAGUGCAUCGGGAAAGUUGCUGUUUCGAAAUACUGGACCGAAUCAGGUUCUGAAUAUGUCAAAUUCGUCCGUUUGCAAAAACUGUCUAACCUCAACAACGCCGUUGUGGAGGCGUGAUGAAAACGGAUCAGUGCUUUGCAACGCAUGUGGUCUUUUCUUGAAACUGCACGGCAGACCAAGACCCAUUCGGUUGAAAACAAAUGUCAUAAAAUCAAGAAACAGGAAAGGACAUAGUGAUAAUGCCGGACCUUCCGAUGAGAAAAGUCUCAAACCGACUGUAGAUAAAAAAAGAAAGGUAAGCUCAUCCUCGGAGGGGAAACUGCUUGCUACUUCAAGCUCGAAAAACAGAAAGUCGCGGAGCCAACCGCCACCAGAUUCGAGAAGGACAAGCACAAACACAGAUGACGCCAGCGAUCCAUUCAUAUCAAAGGAAGCAGACAAGACAGACAGUUGCAUAGUACCUACGAAAGUACCACUGACAAUGUUAAAGGACCCAACGAAUAGGGAAUGCUUCUCCCCAGAUGCAGUAUCACCCCAUGAGUUACCUUCUAUAGGCUCUCCCAUUCCCAACAAGGCAGUGCCUCUCCAGCCAAUGCGUCCACCAAGUGGAAGUGGCGAGCAACUUCCUGGCCUGAUCUCUGUUUUGACGGACAUAAAUAAAGGUAACUCACCUGACUCCGCGAGAAAUGAAACCACCAGUAUGCCCGCCCCACACCUCAAUGCCAACCAAUAUUCAAGUCAGCUUCACGCAGAUUUUGCUUCGCCAAUAGCCAUGCCUCAAACCUUAUCAUCAAACAGGGGCCCUGAUGAGAAUAAUGGUAGCACAUCUGCGUAUUCCACUUCGUGUUGCCAGAAACUGUCCGGUUCUCUCUCUGAGCCUUUUUCUAAGCUUGAUUCCAAAAAUUUAGAACAGCAACGGGGUAUACUCUCUCCCAUUUCACAACCCCAAAAUAUAUCUAGCAUUUGCCAAAACAGCACAUCGGGUCCCCGUCACACACCCCUACCGCUUCCUACAACCCAGCACUCGAAGUUCCCACUCGACACACAAGAUGGACCCCCUUUUAAACGUGCAGAAGCUUUUCCACAACACAGAACUCUUUUAAAGGAGGAAGCGGAUAAAAUAAAAUUGACUAAUGUACUAAAGAACGAAGAGGAAAUAAUAAAACUAAAAUCAAAGAUCACCGAGUUGGAGGUCAUCACGGACUUGUACAAAAGACAUAUAUUAGAGCUUAACGACCGGUGCCAAAGUCUAGAAGAACAGCUGCACAAAAUAGAGCCAAACUAA